AAAGAUCAAAACAAACAACACAAUGAUAAUUUAAGAAAUUACCUAUUGUGCUAAUUUAUUAUAUUUUUCUGUACAAUUGUCUGAAAAAUGAAAAAGUUGAAAGUUCAAAAAAAUGCUAAACUAAAUAAUAAGACUCCUACCACAUUAUCUGAUUUUUUCAAAAAAAUCGAAGAAAAAAAACAAUCUGGAGUCAAAGAGGAAAGUAAUGAUUUCUCUCAGAGUACAUCUAAAGAACAAGAUGAAAAUCAAAUUCAAAAUUCGCCCAAGAAGAGGAAAGUUACAGAGACAUAUAGUGUACCCAUUGAUUCUAAGUCUCCAAAAAGAUUGUGUUUAUCCCAAAUUCCCUCUACAUCUACCAAUUGUUCCCCUACUCUCAGUAAUAUGAAGAGACAAAAAAUUAAUAGUAGAACACCUGAAAAACUGAAUAAAACCACAACCAAAAGCUCAAGAACGCCACCGCUUAAAUUAUUUCAAAGGACACCUACGAAAGUUUCCGAUUUCAGUGUGAACAUCAUUGAAAAUUUUGUCAAGAUAACACCAAGUAAAUCAUCAGCAGGAUGUAUGUCUCCUUCAAGUUCAGGAAAAAUUAGAACAACACCAAUAAAACAUUGUUCUCCCUCAGUUUCUAACAGAUCGGUUGAGGCUCAGAAAUUAAAUGAAAUGACACCCAAAAAAGAGACUCCUAGGAAAAAUAUCAGCAGCCCUGUCUCAAGAGCUAAAGCUAAACUAGAUUUUGGUGAAUCGAAAACACCUUCUUCAACAUUGACUAUUGAUAAAGGUGCAGGGAGUUCCAAAGAAAAUGGACUUUCUGCUGAGGAUAUGCAAAAUAUUCUUUCAGAGAAUUCUAUUGAUGAUUGUUUCUCUAAUUUUUUCGACAAUGAAUUUGAAGAAGAAUUGUUAGCUGAUAAUGCUGGAAAUGUGUCCCCAGAGUGUACCCUUGACCUAAGUGAAUCUAAAUAUUGCAAAAUUAUAAAAAUUGAAUUUUUUCCUUCAUAUAACAAAAUAACUAUAAAAUCAAAUACCAGUGAAGAAUAUGCAAUUUGUACUCUAAGGGACUUUUGGAUCAACACCAAUCUUGAAAUUGGAGAUAAAAUACAUAUCAUGGCUAAAAAAGACGAUUCCUAUUGGGUUGUAGACAAUAAAAAUGGUCUUCUGGUGUAUGAACCCGACCUUUUAAUUUCAAGUACUUCUGUAGUUAAUACUCUAUUUUGUAAAAGAAAGAGUGUCCUCAGUGACAAAUUUCAAGGUUUUGAACCUGCCAAUGAAUUCAUGUUGAUAGGCACAUUGGUUCACUCUAUCUUACAGCACACCCUAAAAUUCAAGUUAAAAACAAUUUCUCAAAUAGAAGCUACCUUGGAAAAAAUGUUGAAAUCCAAAGAAAGUGUAAGAAAGAUUUAUGAAUCAGACCAAACUAUCGAAAGCGUAAAAUCAAAAAUGGCAAUUUACAUCCCAAGAAUUCUGGAGUUUGUAGACUCGUAUGUGCAAGGUAAAAGAAAAGAAUUGAACAAAAACUGUUGGCAAGGUCAAAUUGAUGAGAUAGAAGAUAUUGAAGAGAAUAUUUGGUGUCAGAGAUUGGGUAUAAAAGGAAAAGUGGAUGUUACCAUAAGAAAUGGUUCGAAAGUAAUGCCCUUAGAGUUAAAAACAGGAAAAUCAUCAUUUUCACUUGAGCACAAGGGUCAAGUUUUGUUGUAUAUUAUGAUGAUGAAUAAACUGGGAUACAAAGUAUCAUCUGGAUUACUGUUAUACCUGAAAGAUGGGAUAAUGAAGGAGAUACCCAUGUCGGAAAAUGAAAAACGUGAUAUAAUGAUACUCAGGAAUGAAUUAGCAUAUUAUUUGAGAAGAAAGCCAAAAGUGAUUCACUCAAAGCUCAAUGACGCAGUGCAAAAAAUUGAGCCUUCCGAACUGCCAACACCGAUAAGCCAUCAUAGUGCUUGCGGAAAGUGUCCAUAUAACAUUAUAUGCACAACUUUUAUAGAAUACAAUAAGGAUGAUUUAUCUAAUAAUAAAUCAUUGCGGCAUAUUAAGGACGAAGUUUUAUCGCAUCUCACUGAAGCACACAUAAAUUAUUUCAUACAUUGGAGUUCCUUGAUAAAUUUAGUGGAAGUAUCAGAAAAAUCCACAUCCAAAUCAGCUCAAGAGAUUCUUACCAUGGCUCCGUUAGAAAGGGAAUCAAAGGGUAGGUGUAUCUGCAAUUUGAAAAUUUCAGACACCUCUGACGAGUUCAAUGGCCUUAUGAACCACACCUUCACCAAAAGCGAGGAAUCCAAUUUCAAUUUUUUCGCCUCGGGUAUAGAAGAAGGAAAUUAUUGCGUGAUAAGUACCGAUACCAGGUCUGCUGUCCUUACCGGAUUUGUCACUUAUAUAGAUACAAAUUCCGUCACUGUGGCAUUGGAUAAAAACUUGAAAACGAAAUAUCCAGAUGAACAUUUUCACGUGGAUACAUACGAAUCUUCCUGCAGUCAUGGUUUCAAUCAAACUUGCCUGACUUUAUUACUAGAACCGUCCACCAGAGGGGAAGCACUGAGGAGUGUGGUGAUCGAUAAAAAGGUGCCCAGCUUUUCUAAAAAACUUCCUAAGGUUGUUGCUGUUAAAGGAAUGCCGAUAUUGAAGAGGUUGAAUCCGAUCCAGAGGAAGGCGGUACUGAAGGCUAUUUCUGCGAAUGACUAUCUCCUUAUCAAGGGAAUGCCAGGCACAGGUAAAUCUGCCACCAUUGUUGCGCUGGUAGAACUUCUGUCAAUUCUUGGAAAAACUGUUUUAAUUACAAGUCACACCCAUUCUGCAGUUGAUAACAUUUGCCUGAAACUUUGCAAGCUAGGUAUUGAUUUCAUCAGGCUAGGGAGUCAGGCAAAAAUACAUAGUAGUUUACAGAAGUAUAGUGAACACUACAAAACAAAGGAUUGCAGUACACCAGAGGAACUGGCUGAAGUGUAUGAUAGUAGUAGAAUAAUAGCUGUUACAUGUCUAGGAUCCGGACAUCCCAUCUUGUCAAAAAGAACCUUAGAUGUCUGUAUAGUAGAUGAAAGUACUCAAGUGUUGCAACCUACUAUAAUAAGGCCUAUUUAUGUGGCUAAAGUCUUCAUUCUAGUUGGGGAUCCUGAACAGUUACCUCCUGUCGUGAGGAGCCCAGAGGCUAUAGAAUUGGGAAUGGCGAUGAGUAUGUUCGAAAGAUUAGAUUGCGAAGAAAGUGAGAUAUCAUUAACAAUGAAUUACAGGAUGAAUAAAGUAAUAACAAAAUUAGCGAACGAUUUAACGUAUAAAGGGAAUCUAUUGGUUGCAGAUGAUAAAACAGGGAACGCCACCCUCCUCAUCCCUAAGGAAAAGGAGAUAUUGAAAAUUUUCGAAGAUUUCAAAUGGAUGAAAGAAAUCCUUGACACAGGUUUGGAACAUUCAGUGAAGCUAAUAGAUACUGGACCGGUGUGGAAUCGAGACGAUAAAAUUUCAUGGAACGUCAGAGAUGAAAACGCUAAAGAAAAUAAGUCUGUGGUCAAUAUUUAUGAAGCGGCCAUCAUUUAUAACCUGACUCAUGCCUUGUUGGAGGGUGGAGUCAAUCCGGAGAGUAUUGGAGUGAUUGCUACUUACUCUUCUCAAGUCAAACAGUUAUCUUGUAUUCUUGAUCAGAAUAUUGAUGUGAGCACUGUAGACAGGUUUCAGGGCAGAGACAAAGAUGUCAUACUAUAUUCUUGUACCAAAAGUGUGGACUGCUGUGUUAAAUCGAAGUUUGAGAUAUUGGAAGAUCAUAGGAGGUUGAAUGUAGCCAUAACCAGGGCUAAAAAGAAGUUGAUAAUAGUUGGGGAUGUGGAAACUGUUAAGAGGUAUUUGCCAUUCGCCAAAUUGUUGUCGUGUUUUGAGGAUUCUAAUUUGAUUAAAUUAGAAGAAAAUGAAAAUUGUUUCAAGUGGUCCCAUGUUUUGAAUAAUGUGAAAGGGUUGUGUCCAUAAUUUUUUGGAAUAAUGCAUUUUGUAUCUCAUAUUGAAGUAAUCUGAUGUAUUUGUAGCAAUAAAUUUAUAUUUUUUGAAU